CGUCAUAAAAUCAGUGAGUUAAAAUUAGUCAUCUUUAAUUAGCCACUCUGCACCAAAUGAUUGAUCAUCCACAAUGAACAAUUAUUUAAUCAUGUUCAGUAUUUAGAAUGAAUCACACAGUGACAGCCCAGUCCACCUCACGCACAGCACAUUGCACAAGAUUAGCCCCCCAUCUUUCACACGUCCACAGCACCGUCAACGUGCAUCUUGAUCUGGACGUCUCACGUCAACAGCCCAGUGUGGCACAUUGCAGCAGGAGCGCUGUACGAAAACGGUGGCACGUUGAACAUCUGACACGGGGAAUCUCUCGCGGCAGCAGCAGAGCAUGCUUGGGCUUAUGCAUCUCCACGGCCGAGGAGGAGAGGCUACUGGAUGCGUGCUGUUGAUUAUCGGCAGAAAACAGGACCGUCCCCGGGAAACAAGACGGUAAACAGUACAAGCGGCUCUUCAAAUUUAAAUCGCGGAUUUCUCUAUCCCAGUUGAAGCCCUCAAUUAGCCAUGCCUGGAAAGCCUCCAGCAGCCGCUCCAGGCUGGGAGCGGAGGGCGCAGUAAGAGGGGGACUUCUCCUGUAACCAGACCAACUCGCACCAUGUUGCAAACCCUCCACCAGACCGCCGGUGUCGGUUGUGGUAUGUCGGAGACCCUGGCCUGCCUGCGCUGGUCCGUUCUCCUUGGCCUCUCCGUGGCCCUGCUGUGGAUCCCCGGGGCGGCGGGCUCGGCUCUGAACUGCCACAAGACCUGCAUCUGCGCCUCCAACAUCGUGAGCUGCUCCAAGAUGAACCUGACGGCCGUGCCCACCGAGCUGCCGCCCUACACGGUGGUGCUGGACCUCAGCUACAACGAAAUCACCCGGCUCCGCGCCGAAUGGACCCACGACAAACUGGACAAGCUUCAAAACCUCCUGCUCAGCCACAACGGCCUCCACUUCCUGUCCUCGGAGGCCUUCCUGAACGCGAAGCAGCUGCGCUACCUGGACCUGUCGUCCAACAAGCUGCGGCUGCUGGACGAGUACAUCUUCGAGCCGCUUGCCCAUCUGGAGGUCCUGCUGCUCUACAACAACCACAUCUCCCAGAUCGACCGGCUGGCCUUCACCGGGGUCAACAGCCUGCAGAAGCUCUACCUGAGCCAGAACCUAGUGUCCCGCUUCCCCCUGGAGCUGGUGGCCGACAAGUCUCGCCUGGAGAAGCUGAUUCUGCUGGACGUGUCGUCCAAUCGCAUCAAGGCCCUGCCCGUCGCGGAGCUCCAGGCGCUGCCGGCGUGGAUUAAAAACGGCCUCUACUUCCACAACAACCCUCUGGUGUGCGGGUGCGACCUGUACAGCCUCCUGGCCCACUGGUACAUCCGGAAGCUCAACUCGGCGCGGGACUUCAGGGACGACUACCAAUGCUACUUGCCGGCGCCGGCACCGGCGAAAACCCUAGUGGGCGUUUUCGAACUGAGCAGCGACUACAUGAACUGCAGCACCUUCAAGCAGACGGACGAAGAGGCGUUCCUGGAGCAGACGCUGACCCUGAGCUGCGACACCAAGCACAAGGACAUGUCCAAGACCUGGCUCAUGCCCGGGAACGUGGUGGUCUCGGCGGGCAUCAACCAGACGGCCCGGGUCCUGCCGGACGGACGGCUCCAGAUCAGUCCGGUGAGGUCGGAGGACUCGGGGAACUACACGUGUUUCGCCGUGAGCGAGGCCCACAACGAGACGCUCUACGUGGUGCUGAAGGUGCACAACUUCACCAUGAACGCCGGCGGGGACUCCCUGAACACGGCCUACACCACGCUGGUGGGCUGCCUGGCCAGCGCCGUGCUGGUGCUCAUCUACCUGUACCUGACGCCCUGCCGCUGCUUCUGCUGCCCCGACCGGGGCAAGAAGGGCGGCGACGACAGCAUCCACUCGUCCAUGAUCAGCGUCACUCCCACGCACGACGACCCCGCGCUGAAGGCGGAGCUGGACAGACACGUGGCCUUCAUAGACUCCAAGGACCUCCGGGGGCAGAAUGGCAAGCUCAACCCCAACGGGGACGAAGAGGAGCCGGACGAGGAGGCCGGCAUGCUGGGGAAGGGACGGAGGAGGAGGUCUGUCGCCGAGUCGAUAAGCUCCGUCUUCUCGGACACCCCCAUGGUGGUCUAGGAGAGGAGAUGGACACCGCAGCGGGUGGGGUGUCUGUAUCUGCUGUGUUUGCGAAGCGGAGAUGUAAACCAUGUGUGCGGUCGGCGGGACGGACGGCGCGCAGGAGGGGGGGGGGGUACACUACGGUGGUCGACUCGGGGAAACGCCUCGCUCGGCGACAGGGACAACAAACAGGACCUAUCCAGCGUUUGAAUCUGUAGCACUUAAUUAUUCAUACUGUGAAAGCCCGGAAAUGUAAGCGGGCUGUGGAACAUUUGAAUGGGUGUGAACCGUACAACAGUGGAUUCUGAUAGAUGUUAGCACUCAGGAAGUAACACAAGCUGUUGCUAAAGUGGUGUAUUUUUUGACAAGAUGGACGGAUAAUUGAGAUUUGUUAGAUUGGAAAACAGGAAAUCUUAGCACACACGAGAGAGCAUUAGCAUAGAGGCUGACUCAUAACCCCCAUUAUGAGAACAGUUGGUGUCAUAGAGCAUCGGUAUAUAUUAUAUAUAUAUAUAUAUAUAUAUAUUAACCUCCUCUCUCCUCUACCAACACGGGCGCUCCAACAUCAGUGUUCACCCGGUGGUGAACAUUCGUCAUUAUUUAUUAGUCAUCAGCCGUAGAACAGCAGCAUGCCAAGAGUUAUUUUAAAACCCUGGGCCCUGACGGAUGAUGGGGCAGAGUGUGGAUAUCCCUCAUCAUAGCCCCAUUUGUUAUCCAGUGUUUCCCCUACAUGCAUCCAGCAGUGGUGCAGCACUGCCCCCACUGGAUUAAUAGCGCCACUGCAAUCAGACAUGCAUUAUAUAUUAUUAUAUAUAUACAUAAAAAUGUUGCUCGUAUAAAAUGCUAUUAGUUUAAUUUGAAAACGUAUAUCAUAGUGGCCCCUAAUGCACCCCCUUCAAUACAUUGUCAUUAUUGGCAUUGGAGAAAUUAUGUGGAAAAAUACUGACAGCCACAGCUAUAGUUCUGCUGUAGAAUAAGAGACGCAUGAGGAUACUGUAGGGCGCAUUAGCUCAUGAAUGGCUUUAGACUUAAUGUAGGAAGCAUUAGGAGAAAAUGUAAGCCAUGAGUGACUUGAUAAUAGAAAGUAGCCAAUAUAUGUGAUGCUUCAGAAGAGAAGACCAAGCCAAGUCCAAAGCCAAGAAGGAUUGCGACAAAUCGCAGACUGAAAACUAUAUCUGUGCUAACAUUAAUCGCAAAUACAAUUCCUUGUGUUUAUGGUGCAUUCACACUCUAUCUGAUGGAAAUGUAUCAGAACCCUAAGGGCAUCUUGGCUUUUACGAACGCUUUUUGCCCUCAUAAUUCACAUCAGCACUGUGCAGAUCAGCGCCGUGCACACGCACAUCAGAACCCGGCACACGCACAUCAGAACCCGGCACACGCACAUCAGAACCGGGCACAUGCACAUCAGAACCGUGCACAUGCACAUCAGUACCGUGCACAUCAGCAGGGUAGUGCACCUCACGCACCCCUCAGCACCUCUGCUGGAUAGGAAUCCUAGGGGAAGCACUGAUAUGUAUCCAGUUUGACAUGAACAUAGUAGUAGCACAGACACUUUGAUGAAGUAGAAUAGGUUAAACGUAAUAUAGGUCCUAUGAAGCGUACGACAGCACUCCUAAUGCUUGUUGUUCUUGUAUUCAUGUAGUCUAUCACUUAAUAUAUAUUGAUUAGAAGCGAGUUUUAUUUGCCUCUUAUUACUCUUCAGAUGUAUGUAAUAGCUUCCAAUGGUAGGCUGAUAGAUGGAUGAGAUUUUUGUAUUGAUCCAAAUGUUUUAGUAUUUAGUUAUAGUACAGCUGCUGGAAACUAAAAGUUAAAUGUUAAGCCUUAUACAGAAAAAAAGUCACAUUUAGAACUUUUACAUGGAAAGAUGUUUUUCGGAACGGGCCUGUUAUUAUUUUUUAGAACGUAUUAAUAACCUUCUGAUCCAUUCUUUACAGAGUAAGGUUCUGUGUUCCUUCCUAUACAUCGUAGGAACGGGCUUCUCAUUGUGGUAGAGUCCCAGGGAGGUUCCUCCUUGUACAACAGAGUAACUCUCCUCUUAGACAGCUCAUGUUACUUUCUUUGAUCAUGCUAUGAAGAGGUUUAAAAUACCUAACAAAUGCUUAAGGCUCCUGUCAUUAUUGUGUAUUGUGUAUGUAUUCCCUACAUGCACUUACUUCAAAUGCUGAUAUGUCUACUAUUUAGAAAGACCAUGCUUGCCGGUAGUCAAAGGUCAAAUGUUAUGACAUUUACACAUUUCUCAUUGGAAACCUAUACCUAGUUUCUGUCUGGGCACAUCGACUAAAAAGAGCGGUGUCAUUUCAUGCUUAUUUGUGUUAUGGUACAGGACUACCUGUGUGACUAAGAGCUAAUUACAUUGUUUGAUAGUAUGAUCAUUCACUUUGUAGGAGCAGAAAAGAGAGAGUCAGUCUUGCUGUCAUGAGUCACCGCACAUAGCAACGGCCUCCAUCCAACGUCUGUGUGUGUGUGCGUGCGUGCGUGCGUGCGUGCGUGCCUGCGUGCGUGCGUGCGUGCGUGCGUGCGUUCGUGUGUGUGAGUUGUCUGAUUUGUACAUCUUAUUACAUGCCUAUCUGCAAAUUCAACAGCGCCAAUUUAGCCAGACGAUGAAUGAGAGUGAAAUGCCUGGGGCUCACAAACGCAUUGCCUUUUUCUUUUUAUCACAUCUGGACUGUGUAACUAACAAUCCGUUUUUGCUGGUAAUCUUCAAUUCUAAUUAAAUCAUUCAGAGAUAAAUGUAACGACGCUGGGAAGAUCACAUGCUCACCGACUCCAGUGGUCUCCACAGUCUCUUACUUUUAAACAGAUUAUUCUGUGGCUGGACGCGUGACUGCUCGGUAUAAAAAUGAAACAUCCUUUGGCAUUAACUUAGUGUGUGUGUUUGUGUGUGUGUUCCUGUGUGAGACCAAAGAAAGACACACUUAUCAGAGAGGGGUCACCUGAGUCAUAAUGUCCCCCCCCCCCCCCACACACACAAAAGCACAAACACACACGUGUUCGACAGUUAUGAGAAGCUUAGCUUAUACAAUAAGCCUGAGGAAAGUUAAAUUCACCAGAAAUGUUUACCUGGACGUCUUAUAGCAAGGAAUCUAAGUACUUUGAACUCCACUACAAAAAACUAUCUGCGUGAGCCUAUGAUUGACCCAGUGUUAUACUCCUGAGGAGUCUGGUAUGCUGUCAAAACUGUGGGAUGUGUGGAAUAAGGAGCCUGAGGUUUUAAGGAGUUUUGUAAUAGAGAUUGGGUUUGUGAAUAUAGGUUACCUGCUGUAACAUUAGAGUUGACAUAGAGCUUGUCAAAUGGGGGACCUGUUCUCGACCUAUCAAGCCAAAGUCUGCCUUGGCUAAUGGGUGGUUAAAGUUGUUAUUUUUACAGUCGGUUCCCUAAUGAGGAGCUUCACCUGUGUGUCGAGUGUCUAGUGUUAUUCAAACAAAUCCUAAUGUGUUCUGUAUAAUUCCUCUCAAGCAGCUAUUCCUUUCUGUGGCCUGUUGACCUAUGUGUUGAUCCUCACUUUUCCGUGUUCAAUGGUUAUGUUUGGACAAUGUAGCCGACUAAGAGUAUUGUUGUUUCAUCAAAAUGUCAGUCCUUUUGCUUUCUGUCUGAAGACGGGGUAAGGUCAGCUGUUUCUAUGGUAACCUUGACUCUUUGGUAUCAGUGUUUUUUUCUCUAUGUAGGCAAGCUGAUUUUGUUUUUAUUAGGGUUCUGCAAUUAGAUACAUAAGAAUAUCUAUGAAGAAUAAUUCUUCAAUGAUCAUUGUUAGUAAAUAAUAAUACAAUUAUAUGGUAAAAUGAUAAAUUACACAGCGUAGGAUUGAUUUUCAGGUUUUUUUAUGACCGAUAAUCUCUUCUACACCGGUGCUUUGAUAAUUUCCAAACAAUACCAGGGCUUUGAAAAAAUAAAGUACAGUAAAUCUUCA